AUGAUGAUGUAUAAUCAUGAGAUUCGCUACGUGAACGGAAAGACAAACGUAAUUUCAGUUGCCUUCAGCAGGAGCCUACCGGAAGCGCUGGAGUUGAAAUCGCUCAAAGGAGAAAAUGAAGGUGUAGUGAAUGUUGCUAAAGUCAAAGAAUGGGUGAAAAAGUUGAGGGAAGACCCACAACUAGGAGAAUCGAUUGGAUGUUAG